UUAAGGUACCAGAACCUUAUCCGCAGUAAACUUUCCCACCUCUGGAAACUCCUGAAAAAAAUCCCUGGGAAGGGAUCUCUGAUUGAUGAUCUGAAAGGAGAUGCUAUCGACGCAGACGAUAACAGUCCAAGAUAUCCGGUGAUUUGUGCUUUUUCUUGAAGAACAUGACAGACAAAAUAACAGCAUUCCAGUCGUUCCUAAACGACAGCGAGAUCGAAGUCUCGCCCGACCUCGAAAUCGCCUACGACGAAGACUCAGGCUACCGCGUCCUUCUCUCGUCCACCUCCCGCGGCAAGAUCAAGCCCCGCACUCCGCUCGUGCGGAUUCCAAAGUCCGCAGUACUCAGCGGGAGCACAUGCUCGAUCUGCAACCUGCUCCCGGACGAACUGCAGGGCACGAUGGCCGGUCUGGUGGUGGCGUAUAUGGUCGAGCGAGCGCUGGGCGAUCGGUCGCCGUGGGGUGCGUAUCUGGCGAUGCUGCCGGAGCGGGAGCGCGGGUGUUUGCAUUUUUGGACGGAGGAGGAGAGGUCGUGGAUUUAUGGGACGGAUGCGCAGAUUAUGCUGUGGGCUGCGGACAUGGAUUUGGAUGAUCUGUGUAUGUUCGCCGGUGAUUUCUUUUUCUACCAGCAGAGCGUUGUGCAGCCUCUGCUCGCCGACUCGUUGCGCGAGGCGAAUAUGACGUGGGAGGAGUUUACGAGUAAAGAAAAGUUCUACGACGCGGCGUCGGUGGUCGCGGCGCGGUGUUUUGAGAUCGACUCGUUUAUAGGCCUGGGUCUGGUCCCGUACGCGGAUCUGUUUAAUCAUCUCGAUGACGAGGAUGUGCGGUUCGAGAGCCAGUUUGAUGUGUGCGAGUUUUGUGGGGCGAAUUCGACGUGCGAGCAUGAUGCCCAGAAGAUGAGGGAUGCGGUGGGUGGUGGUGACGAGGAGGAUGUGGAGAUGGAGGGGAUGGAGCUGGAUGAUGAUAGCGAUGUUGCGCCGGAGCUGGAAGAUACCUCGCCCUCAGACGAAGAAGACGACAGCGACGACUCAGAUUCCGACCCCGACGAAAAAGACACAUGCGACAUCGUGGCCCGCAAGCGGAUCUCCGCCUCCGCCAGCCUGUUCGGGACCGAGACCGAGAUCUACAACUCGUACGGCCCGCUGUCGUCGACGCACUUGCUGGUCAAGUACGGGUUUGUGCCGGACCGGAAUCGGCAUAACUAUUUGCUGAUGAGUUGGGGGACUAGGAUGCUGUAUAGUGAGAAACACGUGGACUGGCAUGGGGAUCACGAUCAUGAGUUUGUGGGGAUCAUGGAGGGGGUGCGUGGUGCGGAUGUUGGUUAUGUACAGGAAGAGAGUGAGGAUGAUGAGGUCUAUGAUGAGGAGGCGGAUAGCGAAGGAGGAGAUGAGGAGGAGCAAGAAGAGGAAGAAGAGGAGGAGCAAGAAGAGGAAGAAGACAAAGAAGAAGAAGAAGAGGAAGAAGAAGAAGAGGAAGAGGAAGUAAAGGAAGAGGAAGAAGAUCCAGAGCUAAAGAUCGACAGCGAAGGCCGCGUCAACAUCCACCUCUGGAACCGCAUCAUGCUUCUCAUCUACGCCACCGCAGAUGAGCCCAUCGACUCUUCCAACCCCGACCUGCUCCACGACGUGCUCCGCCAGUUCAACACCGCUCCCCACUCGAUAACCGAAAAACAGCUCACGCCGGUAACAAGACAGGCGCUUUUAAUUCUGCAGGAUCUUCUCAUCAACAGGAUCGCGCGGUACAGAGACGGAGGGCUGUCGGCUAGUGAGUAUCAGUAUAUGCUGGCCGAUAAGUCGUGGGCAGUUGGCGGGAGUGAGUCUGAGAAGCGGAAAAUCAUGGCUAUGAGUCUUAUUGGCCAGGAGAAGGCUAUGCUGGAGCGCGCGUUGCGGAGGAUCGGUGCCGCGCAAAGAGUGUAACGUUCUCGGAUUUUUUACAUACAGAUAGACAUAUAGAAGUACAUAAUCAUGUUCUAUUCAUAAAUGCAUGCAGGCCUCUAUCGUGCUCUAAUAAUACUUUCCCUUCAGCUCGGGCGCAUGUGUAUAUCCAAGAUACCCUCCUUCGCCUUGUUUAUAUAAAACGUGUUCCUGUCAUACGCGCAAAAGUA